AGAACGGACCCUUUUGGUAUUUUUUUAUUACUGUAUCAGAGGUCUUGCUUCCCUCAAAUAGUUUGACAGAGAAAAGUCUGAGACAAAAAAAUUUACAUUCAUUUAGGGAUUUGAAUUUUGUUUUCAUUUAUUUUACUGAAUUCUUCCAAUAGCCCAUUGAGAUAAGUGCAGGUGCUGUGAGGCAGAGGUUAAGUGGCCUGCCUCACAUUCCAUGGUGAGCGGGAGGGAACCUCCAGUCUUUUGACUUAGGACUGGGCUCCCAUUUACUGUGCAGUAGGCUUGCUGAAGCACUUCCUGCAUUAUCUCAAGACCACGGUUUGAUAGCCUUGAGCAGUGAGAGGAGCACACACAUAGAGUUCAAAUUCAACAAAUACUUGGUGAGUAUUUUGUUAGUAGGCAGUAGCUCUGUUUUGAAACUGAAAUGUUUUUUCCCCAGCUUCCUAUAAGAAUAUUGUGAGGGGAUGUUGGUAGAUCACAAGAACAAGGGGCUGAAGAACCGACAGAAGUUGCGGAGAUGUUAGUGUACUGUAAAUGUCGGAGCACCAUAACAUGGUGUGGGAAGUGAAGACAAAUCAGAUGCCUAAUGCAGUACAGAAACUCCUGCUGGUGAUGGACAAGCGCGCUUCAGGCAUGAACGACUCAUUGGAGUUGCUGCAGUGUAAUGAAAACUUGCCCUCCUCACCUGGAUACAACUCCUGUGAUGAACACAUGGAGCUUGAUGACCUCCCUGAACUUCAGGCUGUUCAGAGUGAUCCUACCCAAUCUGCCAUAUACCAGCUAAGUUCAGAUGUUUCACAUCAAGAAUAUCCAAGACCAUCUUGGAACCAAAAUACCUCAGACAUAACAGAAAAUACUUAUGGUGAAAAUGAGGUGGAUUGGCUGACUGAAUUAGCAAAUAUCGCCACCAGCCCGCAGAGCCCACUUAUGCAGUGCUCGUUCUACAACAGAUCAUCUCCUGUACACAUCAUAGCUACUAGCAAAAGUUUACAUUCCUAUGCACGCCCUCCACCCGUGUCCUCUUCUAAGAGCGAGCCAGCCUUCCCUCAUCAUCACUGGAAGGAGGAAACACCAGUCAGACACGAAAGGGCAAAUAGUGAGUCAGAAUCUGGCAUUUUCUGCAUGUCCUCCCUCUCCGAUGAUGAUGAUUUGGGCUGGUGCAAUUCCUGGCCUUCAACUGCUUGGCACUGUUUUCUGAAAGGGACACGACUGUGCUUUCAUAAGGGAAGCAAUAAGGAAUGGCAGGAUGUUGAAGAUUUUGCUAGAACCGAAGGCUGUGAUAAUGAGGAGGAUCUCCAAGUGGGCACUCACAAGGGCUAUGGUUCUGAUGGUCUAAAGUUGUUAUCACAUGAAGAAAGUGUAUCAUUUGGCGAGUCUGUACUGAAGUUGACUUUUGAUCCCGGUACAGUGGAAGAUGGCUUACUUACUGUAGAGUGUAAGCUGGACCACCCUUUCUAUGUUAAAAAUAAAGGUUGGUCAUCAUUUUACCCAAGCUUGACUGUGGUACAGCAUGGCAUUCCAUGUUGUGAAAUUCAUAUUGGUGAUGUAUGUCUACCUCCUGGACACCCCGAUGCCAUUAAUUUUGAUGAUUCAGGUGUUUUUGAUACAUUUAAAAGCUAUGACUUCACACCUAUGGAUUCUUCUGCAGUCUAUGUGUUAAGUAGUAUGGCUCGUCAGCGUCGUGCAUCUUUGUCUUGUGGAGGGCCUGGAGGUCAAGACUUUGCAAGAUCUGGAUUCAGUAAAAACUGUGGCUCACCAGGAUCAUCACAGCUCUCUUCCAAUUCCUUGUAUGCUAAAGCUGUCAAAACCCACAGCUCAGGGACUGUGAGUGCCACUUCUCCUAACAAGUGCAAAAGACCAAUGAAUGCCUUCAUGCUUUUUGCCAAAAAAUACAGAGUUGAAUAUACUCAGAUGUAUCCAGGGAAAGAUAACAGAGCCAUAAGCGUGAUCCUCGGCGACAGGUGGAAGAAAAUGAAGAAUGAAGAGAGAAGGAUGUAUACGUUAGAAGCAAAGGCUUUGGCUGAAGAACAAAAACGCCUAAAUCCUGACUGUUGGAAAAGGAAAAGAACCAAUUCAGGCUCGCAGCAGCAUUAAGCCAGGAUGUGCUUACGUUCUUAAGUCUGUAGUUGCAGAAACACUGUUGACGGAGGGGCUUAAGAAGAUCAAGGUGUCACCAUUUGUCCUGAAUUCGUGUGACCAUAAGAUACUGAUAGCAUUGAGUCUUGAAAUGAUUUAAUAAUAUGAGUGAGGAUUUGCUUUCUCCAUUAGAGCAUUAAGUAAGCUAAAACUAUCAACAUUGUAAACCAAAUUGCCUUAUUUUUCUUCCAAACUUCAUAUAUGUCUAUCAGGUAAUAUAGGCUUGAAAAUUGAUAUCCUGUGGUGCUAAAGUACAGUAGAAAGAGAGGAGAGUGUAUACAUGUUUUAUUUUAAAUUGUACAAAGGGGGAAUUUAAAAAUAUGUAACUGCUGUUUAUACAUUGGCUCCUUACUGCUUAUUAAUCUGUAAUGUACACAUAGUGGAAGGCAACAGAGCCGGGAGCUGGCCUUUCCUCGAGCGACCACCACGUGGCCCAGCCUCUGUGCCAAACCCGGGAGCUCCUAGUCCAGCCGGUGCCGUGAGGCGCCCAGAACGCGGCCGGUGCGCGGUGUCGGCGUCCUAGCGCACACCGCCUGCCACAGGGCUUCCCGGGCACGCCGGGCGGCAGCACCCCCCAGGACUUCGGGCGGAGGCCUCGCGCAGGGCCCGGUCGAGCUAGUUAAUAGCAUUGGGAUAUAGUCACUGUCAUGGUGCUGUUAACAGUUGACACCAUUGUAUUGUUUAACUUUGUGUUCUGUAUCUCCUCAGCCACAUAUCUUAAAUAUCUCGUUUGUCAUCCUAUGUGUAUGGUGGGGGCAGACUUUGCACUUACUGCGGUGCGACACGUGCACUUUACUUUCCCUCCAGCUGUCUGAGAUGAGAGCGCACACGCUUUUGCUCUGAGCUACAAUCAUGGCUUUUCAUGUUACUUACCAAGUGGUGUUUCUGGUUAGGAAUCACAGCUGUAAAAUUGAUUUCAGUUCAUUAUACUUCUUCAUGAUGUUGCCCCUAAAUUUUGCACACUAUAUUCUUGUAUAUUAUUUCAAAUAAAAUGGAAAAAAAAAA